AUGCCGGUCUUUACAGAAUAUGCAUCCAAAUCGCGGGACCUCCGCGUCCUUCCUUCCUUUUCUCUCCCGGUACCUCGUCUUACUCCGCCAUUCGAACCCACCGUAAACGAUGGGGUCGAGCGGUAUGAGGUUGUCAUCGUCGGGGCUGGGCCCUCGGGGCUGAUGCUGGAACUCUUGCUGGCCAGAUACGGAUUGAGUGACGAGUCUCUGCUUUGUAUUGAUUCGAAGCCAAGCACCUUGAAAUCUGGACAGGCUGAUGGCGUCCAACCUCGGACGUUGGAGGUGUUCAAGACAUUGGGAAUUUCGGACGAAAUUGAGAAUGAGGCAUGCCAAAUGUGGCAGUUUGCCUUCUGGAAUACCUCAUCGGACCCAUCCAAGAUUAUUGAGCGAAAGUCCGUGGUCUUUGAAGUGAUACCUCCAGCUCGGUUCCGCUACGAGGCUACUAUACAUCAGGGACGUAUUGAACGGAUCAUGGAGACUGACCUCCUACGGUAUUCCAAAAGAGGGGUGCAAAGGGACACCAAGUUAGUCCAUGUUCAGCUGAACGAAGAUGACAAGGAGUUUCCCGUCCUGGCGGAGAUUGAGACCCGCGGAGUAAGAAGAUUGAUCCGCACAAAGCACCUUGUCGGAGCAGACGGAGCACAUUCUAUGGUGCGUCAGUGUAUGGGGUUAAGGUUAGAGGGUCAAUCGCUUGACCAUAUCUGGGGCGUUAUAGACUUGGUAGUGGACACUAAUUUUCCUGACAUUCGUCGGCGAUGUGCCAUUCAUUCUCCGGCUGGCUCAGUCAUGGUCAUUCCACGAGAACGGAUCGUGACGGGGGAGUAUCUUACCCGACUUUAUGUACAGGUGCCUGGAAUGGCAAACCCCGAUAGCGAUAUAGCGGUGGGCGCUACCCCAGUAUCAGAAUUCGAUGAUGCCAGGGCACGCAGACAGAAGGUGACCAAGGAGGGUAUCUUGAAGCAAGCAUCGGACGCAUUCAAGCCAUAUUACCUGAGGCCGAAGAGUGACGAAUCUAUCGACUGGUGGGCAGCGUAUCAAAUUGGACAGCGGGUUUCGCCAGAGUUCACCGUCAAGGACUCUGCUGGAGUCCCUAGAGUAUUCAUUGUGGGAGACGCUUGCCAUACCCAUAGCCCCAAGGCCGGUCAAGGCAUGAAUGUGUCCAUGAUGGACUCCUAUAACCUCGCUUGGAAGCUGGCCUACCACAUCCAUGGACUCAGCCCAGCGUCUGCCGAGCCAGGACAGCCACACCCCCUUCUCGACACUUAUCAUCUGGAACGGCAUGCCAACGCGCAGCAGCUGAUUGAUUUUGAUCGCAAGUUCUCUACCAUCUUCUCGGGUCAACUGGACACGGAGGAGUCAGGGAUGUCGCACGCGGAAUUCGUGGCCACAUUCAACACCGGCAACGGCUUUACCAGCGGCUGCGGCGUGGAAUAUGGAGAGAGUAUGAUCGUUGACAGAACGGCAUCGGACGGACAGGAUAGCCCCAUCCGGGGCACUGAUUACUUGUCCGGGAUACUGCGACCGGGCAGACGAUUGCUGAACGUGAAAUUGAGGCGCCAUGCGGAUGGAUGGCACCGGGAUAUCCAGGAUGGUCGGUAUCAUCAUCCCCGCUACCCCUUGCAUAUGCUAAUCAUGGCCACACGUUUAGACCUGGCAUCAACGGGCCGGUUUCGCGUCCUGACGCUCACGUCCGAUGAUCUUCUCAACGCCCAAAGCGCGUCUGCUCGAUCAUUGCAGGAUGUGUCUGCAUUGCUGGGAACUUUCCCAGCGGGGGUCAUCGAGCAGAUUGUGGUGCACCCGCAGCUCCCGAAUGAUUUCGAAUGGGACGACCUUCCGGCGUGCGUGAAGGAGCAUGCGGAGAUGCGCUUCUACAACGGAAGCGAGCUGGAGGAUGCGUAUGGAAUCUACGGGGUGGACCCUCAUCAGGGAGCCAUGGUGGUUGUCCGGCCCGACGGGUAUGUUGGAAUAGUUGUGGCGCUGGGGGAGGUGGAUCGUGUUCGAGAGUACCUGCGUCGCUGUAUCCGAACGAAGUAG